AUGUGGAUUACUUACCUUGACCACGCUGGCUCAGCACUUUUCCCAGAGAGUCUACUUAAAGCUUUUACUGAUGACCUCAGAAACAAUGUUUAUGGUAACCCUCAUAGUCAGAAUAUCAGCAGCAAGCUGACAUACGACACAAUUGAACAUGUCCGCUACAGAAUAUUGAAACAUUUUCACACUACUGCUGAAGAUUACACCAUCAUUUUUACAUCUGGAUGCACAGCUGCUCUUAAACUGGUAGCAGAAGCAUUCCCUUGGAUACCUGAAGGCACAAACCAAUCCAGCAGUCGAUUCUGUUACCUAACUGACAGCCACACAUCUGUGGUGGGCAUGAGGGGAAUAACUGCCUCAAUGAACGUCUUGUCCGUUCCAGUAAAACCAAAGGAAAUCUUGCUAUCAGAAGAAAACAAGUUGCCAGCAGAAGUCCAAAACUGCACAACACCUCAUCUUUUCUCUUACCCAGCUCAGAGCAAUUUUUCUGGUACCAAAUAUCCCCUUUCAUGGAUACAAGACAUAAAAUCUGGAAAACUCUGCCCCAUCAAAAUAUCAGGGAAGUGGUUUGUUCUGUUAGAUGCAGCUUCGUAUGUGAGCACUUCUCCGUUAGACUUGGGAGUUCACCAAGCUGACUUUAUCCCCAUCUCAUUCUAUAAAAUCUUUGGAUUCCCGACUGGUUUAGGAGCAUUAUUGGUAAACAACCGUAUUGCCCCCUUCUUGAGAAAAACAUAUUUUGGAGGUGGAACUGCUGCUGCCUACCUUACAGGAGAGGAUUUUUAUUUCCCAAAGAAAUCUAUGGCAGAAAGGUUUGAAGAUGGCACAGUCUCUUUUCUUGAUAUUAUUGCUCUGAAACAUGGAUUUGAUGUUCUGGAAAAACUCACAGGUGGAAUGGAGAAAAUAAAACAACAUACCUUUACAUUAGCUCACUACACCUACACUGUGCUGUGUACCUUAAAAUAUGCCAAUGGGGCUCCUGUAGUGCGUAUUUACAGCAAUACAGAUUUCAGCAAUCCUGAUGCCCAGGGUCCAAUCAUUAAUUUUAAUGUGCUUGAUGAACAUGGAGAGGUGAUUGGUUUUUCACAGGUGGACAAGAUGGCCAGUCUCUACAACAUCCAUGUCCGCACAGGUUGCUUUUGUAACACAGGAGCCUGUCAGAUGCAUUUGGGUUUAAGCAAUGAGGACAUCCAAAGGAACCUACAGGCUGGCCAUGUCUGUGGAGACGAUAUAGAUCUAGUUGAUGGACAUCCUACUGGCUCUGUGAGAAUAUCCUUUGGUUACAUGUCUUCUUUUGAAGAUGCACAGACUUUUUUGAACUUCAUCAUAUCCACCAGACUGUCCAAGUUGGACAGCAAGAAUCUCUUCCAGCCUUCUGUUACAAAGCUGACAACAGAGUCUGUACCAGAUGACCGCUCAUCCUUUAACUGUGCAGAUAAAUCAUCUCCAAUACCACACAUUUCAGACAGAGAACUCAGGAAUAAUUUGUCUGCGAUGAAGACAACUGUCAACUGGCAGCCACUGGACUCUGAGGCAGAAAGUAUAAGCACAAGCACAGCUAUUUCUAAGACUGCAGUACCAACAUGUAGAAGAGCCACUGGUCCGAUCACUGUCACCAAGAUUUACCUCUAUCCAAUCAAAUCCUGCUCUGCAUUUGAGGUUACAAAAUGGCCAGUCGGAAAUCAAGGUCUGCUGUAUGACCGUAACUGGAUGGUUGUAAACCAGAAUGGAGUCUGCAUGACUCAGAAGCAGGAGCCAAGGCUGUGUCUUGUAAAUCCCUCAAUUGAUCUGAAGAAAAAUGUUAUGGUCAUCCAGGCAGAAGGAAUGGACCCAAUAUCUGUAUCACUGGGAGAAAAUACUGGAAAAGAGGCCAUGAUGUGUGAGAGUAAAGUCUGUUCACACAGGGUAAAAACAUAUGACUGCGGAGAAACACUUGCAAGCUGGUUCUCUAUGUUUCUUGGUCGUCCAUGUCGCUUAAUACAACAAUGUUCAGACAUGAAAAAUAGGUCACGUCAGAAAAAUGCAGAAGGUACGUUGUCAUUCUUAAAAAUAUUUGUGAUUUCUCACUUAGUAAACAUCACACACAUGGACUUCAUACCAACUAUAUAA